AUGGAAGAAGACGGAGACGUUAAUGGCGGGGGGGAGAAUCGAAGAGAGAUCUCGAAGGAGGGAUCCAUCCACGGGUUCGAAUCAGUCCAUCGGCUGCUUGAGGCGUCUCUUAGGCCAGAGAUUUACCAGGUCUGCCUCCCUUUUCUUUUGUUCUUCACUGCUAUUGCUUCAAUUGGGGAUCUCCAUUUUGCUACGAAUGAAGUUCACUCAUCGUCUCUAAAUUCUGUAGAGAACUCUUGUUUCCUUCGUCAUUUUCGUCGCUUUCUGCCGUCCUGUCGGGCUUUGGGGACUAUUCCUAGCGGGAGUGCAGGCUUCUGUGGGCACCGCUGAUACAAUUUCCGCUAUCCUGCAGGAAGUUAGUCGCCUGCUCGUUGGCUUAAACUGUGGAAGACCAUUAGAACGUAUCAGCUUGCCGAAUAUCACGGAGAACCUCUCAUUAUCGCAUGAUUUUGACUUGCAGGUGAUGCCCCAUCUCUCGAAUUAUUUGACCUUGGUUUGCUAAACUUUCAUUCAGGUGAAAUUAAUGGGCUUCAUUGUGACGUAGGCUUAUGUGGUACACACCUUUGGUUUCCCUUAUACCGAUUAUUCUACAUGUUGCUAUUUGAAUCAAAUGGUAGCUCGUGUUCAUUGCGAUUAUCGGUGUUCUUCAUUCAAUUAAAAACCGAAAUAGAUGAGGAUGCGACCAAUUCGACAUCUUUCAAUCAUGGGCUGUGCGGGGGAUAUCAGUUAAGAGUUGAUGAAUUCAAUCAAAGAAGAGAGUAAUGGCGACAGACAUUUUUAUUUGCACUGUCGGUGUAAAUCAAUAAUUGAGAAGUUGGGUCAGGCGUUGCCCCUGUGAAUGAGCAUAAAAAUAUUGAAUGAGUAAUGGCUCUUUGAAGGGACUAUAUCAAUUCCCAGUUACCCCAUUGGAAUCUUCUCGUAAUUUAGGUUUUGGUAGGUAUGUUUAACAAAGUAUUUGUAAAAUUCUCUUAGGCAUUUUGUUUCCAUGCGGAGAAAGAAGCCAUGAGGCCACCCCGGAUAGUCAGGGUUGGUCUUAUUCAAAACUCUAUCAGUCUUCCCACAAGUGCUCCUUUUCCAGACCAAAAGAAAGCCAUCAUGCAGAAGGUGAAGCUGAUGAUUGAUGCGGCAGGCGCUUCGAGCGUCAAUAUCCUAUGCCUUCAAGUAAGUUCCAAGGUGACAACUCUGUUCGGUUCUUACACGUUCGGUUCCUCUCAAUCACAUUUCCUUCUCUGCUGCCUGAAUCAGGAAGCUUGGAUGAUGCCAUUUGCAUUUUGCACCCGGGAGAAGAGAUGGUGCGAAUUUGCAGAGCCCAUUGAUGGGGAAUCGACUCGAUUCCUCCAAGAAUUAGCUAGAAAAUAUAACAUGGUUAUAGUAAGCCCGAUCCUCGAAAGGGAUGUAAAUCAUGGAGAAACUCUUUGGAACACUGCUAUUAUAAUCGGAAACCAUGGUAACAUCAUUGGCAAGCAUCGGAAGGUAUGUUAUCAUCCCCCGUUUCUUCAAUCCGAUGCUCUAAAUUCUUGCGCACAUGCAUCAUUUCACGAUCCUCUUCUUCUUCUUCGUAAGAAUCACAUACCGAGGGUUGGAGAUUUCAAUGAGAGCACCUACUACAUGGAAGGGAACACCGGGCACCCUGUGUUUGAGACUGCCUAUGGGAAGAUUGCGGUGAACAUUUGUUAUGGGAGGCACCACCCCUUGAAUUGGAUGGCAUUUGGGCUCAAUGGAGCCGAGAUCGUCUUCAAUCCUUCAGCUACUGUCGGAGAACUCAGCGAACCCAUGUGGCCCAUUGAGGUGUUCAUCCACUGUUCUCUUCAUUCAAGUGAGAUCGCUCUCUUCGCUCUAGAGUAACAUCCUCUGAUUGUUUGAAGUUUUGGUUUGUCAUUCCAGGCUCGUAAUGCUGCCAUUGCAAACAGUUACUUUGUUGGGUCGAUCAACCGUAUUGGAACCGAGGUCUUUCCAAACCCCUUCACAUCAGGCGACGGAAAGCCUCAACACGCAGAUUUUGGACAUUUCUACGGCUCAAGUUAUUUUUCGGCUCCGGAUGCAUCCUGCACGCCAUCCCUCUCCCGUUGCAGGGAUGGGCUGCUGAUUUCUGACAUGGAUCUAAAUCUCUGCAGGCAGAUUAAGGACAAGUGGGGGUUUCGAAUGACUGCACGCUAUGAGAUGUAUGCAGAGACAAUAUCCCAGUACAUGCAGCCGAAUUUCACCCCACAAGUUAUAGUCGAUCCGUCGCUGCAGAAGCCAAAAGUCUGA